GAGGCGCAGAGGAACCGCGUCUACCCGCACUCACCGAUGCGCACAAGCGCGCGCGCUGCCGGUGGACGCCAAUGCUGGAUUAGCUUGCUUUUUUUUUUUUAUGGUUUUCUUCUCAAUAUUAGAAAUGAUUCUCAUCUUUAAUAAAGACCAUUAGAAAUCUCGGAGCUAAUGCACUGUAUGCAUCGUUGAACUUGACUCUGGGAUAAAUAAAAAAAGAAUACAGGAUGCGUUUGCGCGUCUGUGCAAAACAGGUGCUUCUAAAAACCAGCGGUUCUCCAGCUUCAGCUUUGAUCAUAUGAUGCACGGAUUUUUUUCUUAAUUUUUUUUCCCCCAUAUUUUUUGUGCAUUCUUUUUUUUCUUAUUUUUUAACCAGUUUCCGGACCUGCUGCUCCUAACCAGCACUGGAGGGCUUUGAUAUCGGAGCUCAUGCGAACCAAGAGGAUUUUUUCACUCCCUAUGCACGACCUCAAGAGUCACUAACACACACGCACACACACACACGCACAGAGACACACGCGAGCGAGCGAGGAAGCAAGCAAGCAAGCAAGCGCGCACCAAUAGACCGGGGGAUCAUGCUCGACUGCUCCUUAUCGAGAAAGACAUGGUUUUCCUGAACGCACGGGUCUGACCACAAUGCACCGAGGAUAACUGUUUGAAUUUAGACCGAGGAAAGACAUUCGAAGUGCUGACAUGGAUUUAAAGGAUUUUUACCUUCUGGCAACCUUUGUUGCUUGCCUGUGGCUGGAUCCAGCCAUCGCCCAAGAGCUAAUUUACUCGAUCCGCGAGGAGCUGCAAGAGAACGUACUUAUUGGAAAUAUACCAAAGGAUUUGAACAUCUCCCAUAUGAACGCUGCCAGCAACAAUCUGGUUUACCGUCUGGUCUCGAAAGCCGGCGACAACCCAUUACUGAGAGUAAUGAGCAACACGGGAGAGAUUUUUACCACCUCAAACCGUAUCGACCGCGAGAAACUCUGUCCUGGGCCGUCGUUUGAGGACGGCGAGUGCUCGUUUGAAAUCGAAGUGGUCAUCCUGCCGAACGACUACUUCCGAUUAAUCAAAAUUAAGAUAGUCGUGAAGGACACCAACGACAAUGCGCCGAUGUUUCCUUCGCCAGUGAUCAACAUUUCCAUUCCUGAAAACACUCUGAUCAACAGCCGCUUCGCUAUCCCCUCCGCCACCGAUCCUGACACGGGACCCAACAGCGUCCACAAAUACGAACUCGUGAACGGACAGAGCACUUUCGGCUUGGAUAUCGUUGAGACGCAGGAAGGAGAGAAAUGGCCACAGCUGAUCGUGCAACAGAAUCUGGACCGAGAGCAAAAAGACACCUAUGUCAUGAAAAUCAAGGUAGAAGACGGUGGGAAUCCGCAAAAGUCCAGCACAGCUAUUCUUCAGGUGACGGUGACUGAUGUCAAUGACAAUCGUCCGGUUUUUAAAGAAAGUCAGAUCGAAGUUCACAUUCCUGAAAGCUCUCCAGUCGGCACUUCUGUUGUCCAGCUGCAAGCUACAGAUGCAGAUGUGGGGUCCAAUGCAGAAAUAAAAUACAUGUUUGGUACCCAGGUGUCUCCGUCUACACGAAGACUCUUUGCUCUAAACGGUACGACUGGCCUGAUCACGGUACAGCGGUCACUCGAUAGAGAAGAGACUGCAAUUCAUAAGCUGUCAGUUUUAGCUAGUGAUGGAAGCUCCAGUCCAGCAAGAGCAACCGUAACGAUCAAUGUGACUGAUGUGAACGAUAAUGCUCCGAAUAUAGACCUGAGAUACAUUAUCAGUCCUACUAAUGGAACCGUAAUGCUGUCUGAAAAAGACCCCAUUAACACUAAAAUAGCUCUUAUCACCGUCUCGGAUAAGGACACCGAUGUCAAUGGCAAGGUGAUCUGCUUUAUUGAAAAGGAUGUGCCCUUUCACCUCAAAGCAGUCUACGACAACCAAUAUUUGCUGGAAACCUCAGCUCUGUUGGAUUACGAGGGGACCAAGGAGUACAUCUUCAAAAUUGUGGCUUCGGACUCCGGAAAACCCAGUUUGAACCAGACCGCAUUGGUUAAAGUAAAGCUCGAGGAUGAGAACGACAAUCCACCCAUUUUUAGCCAGCCUGUUAUUGAGCUGUCAGUCAUGGAAAAUAACCAGCGUGACCUUUUCCUCACAACCAUUAGUGCCACUGAUGAAGACAGUGGGAGAAACGCGGAAAUUGUCUACCAGCUUGGACCUAAUGCCUCCUUCUUCGAUUUGGACCGCAAAACCGGGGUGCUGACGGCCUCAAGGGUGUUCGACCGAGAAGAUCAAGAUAGGUUCCUUUUCACCGUCACAGCAAGAGAUAACGGCACUCGGGCACUGCAGAGCCAGGCGGCUGUUAUAGUUACCAUUCUGGAUGAAAACGACAACAGCCCCAAAUUUACGCACAAUCAUUUUCAGUUCUUCGUUUCGGAAAACCUGCCCAAGUACAGUACCGUAGGAGUGAUCACGGUCACAGAUGCAGAUGCAGGUGAGAACGCAGAGGUGUCUCUCUCCAUCCUAAACGACAAUGAAAACUUUAUCCUCGACCCCUUCUCCGGAGUUAUAAAAUCAAACGUUUCCUUCGACAGAGAGCAGCAAAGUUCUUAUACCUUCGACGUAAAAGCCAUUGAUGGCGGUCGUCCUCCGUGCUCGUCGGUCGCCAAAGUGACCAUCAACGUCAUCGAUGUCAAUGACAACACACCCGUUGUCAUUUUCCCUCCGUCAAACACUUCCUUCAAACUGGUACCACUUUCUGCCAUUCCGGGAUCUGUGGUUGCUGAGGUUUUCGCUGUGGACGGAGAUACAGGGAUGAACGCCGAAUUGAAAUACACCAUUAUCAGUGGUAACGGCAGAGGACUUUUUAGAAUCGAUCCUGUUACAGGAAACAUUACUCUCGAAGAGAAACCCACAGUUGCGGAUAUCGGCCUCCAUCGUCUGGUGGUCAACAUUAGCGACCUUGGCUAUCCAAAGUCCCUGCACACGCUGGUUCUUGUUUUCCUUUACAUCAAUGACACUGUGGGGAAUUCGUCUUUUAUCUACGACCUCAUCCGUCGCACCAUGGAGACGCCUUUGGACAGGAACAUCGGUGACAGUAGCGAAACAUAUCAGAACGUGGACAAUCUGAAAACCAUCAUCGCCAUCAUUACAGGCACUAUGGUGGUUAUCGUGGUGAUCUUCAUCACUGUUCUGGUCCGUUGCCGCCACGUUUCACAGUUCAAAGCGGCCCAAAGGAAGAAACAAGGUGCCGAGUGGAUGUCCCCCAAUCAGGAGAACAAGCAGAACAAGAAGAAAAAGCGUAAGAAAAGGAAGUCGCCCAAAAGCUCUCUGCUUAACUUCGUUAGCAUCGAGGAGAACAAACCGGACGAUCCAGCUCACGAACCCAUUAAUGGUACCAUCAGCAUCCCAGCUGAGCUUGAGGAGCCGGGAAUCGGACGUUUUGACUGGAACACAACACCGACCACGACCUUCAAGCCCAAUAGCCCUGAUUUAGCCCGGCACUACAAGUCGGCUUCGCCUCAGUCGGCUUUCCACGUCAAGGCUGACACUCCAGUUUCGGUGAAAAAGCACCACGUCGUUCAGGAGCUGCCCCUCGACAACACUUUCGUCGGAGGAUGUGAUACACUCUCCAAACGUUCGUCCACUAGCUCGGAUCACUUCAGUACCUCGGAAUGCAGCUCCCAAGGAGGCUUCAAGACAAAAGGAGGGACCUUACACAACAGACAGGGGACUCUAACACGUGCUCGGACGGAACUGAACCCUGAUUAUCUGGACCUGCGCUCGAGAACUGAAAUCAACCCUGAAUACUGGACCCCGUGCACACCACUGUCUCAGCGGCGCGUGACCUUCCACCUUCCCGAUGGCUCUCAGGAGAGUUGCAGUGACAGCGGUUUGGGCGAGCCUGAGUCUGUAGGGGGUGGGGCUUUGCUUUCCAAGCCCCUCCCACUGGCACAGGAGGAGUUCUAUGAGCAAGACAAAAGAACUGAGGCAGAUGGAAACUCUGAUCCGAACUCGGAUGGACUUUUAGGACCUAGGGGUCUCAUGGAAGCCACAGAGAUGUGCACACAGGAGUGUCUUGUACUCGGCCACUCGGAUAACUGCUGGAUGCCGCCCAAAUCUCCCGCUUCAUCCUACGGAGGCGGCCAAAAUGAGUGGACGAAAGACAAACUGCUGAACGGUCAUACACUGAACCGCGGCUGGAAGAGUAGCCACGAGCACUUCGGAGACAGGAAGCCUUUCGGCGUAGGAGGAGUCAGCAGUCACAUAACCGACAUCCCACUGGCCAGUUUGAAAUCCUAUCAGGCCUCAUCUAGCUCUGAGAACCCAAAGGAGCAGCAGCUUUAAAAGCCUUUGCACCAUAACUGCUAUUUUAUGUCACUAAAAAACAUUUCCUUUGAAUUUUUUUUCAUUUUCUGUCCUUUUAUUAGAUGGAUGCUAAUGCCGUGUGAUAGUACGCCGUACAGAUUAGACAAAAAGUGCUUAUUUACCGUUACUAUGCGAAAUCGAACUUUGCACGGAGAUGUCUCGAGACUUUUGUUUUCUGAAGAUUUGAAAAGAAAAAAAAAAGUCUGGAAUUUAAUUUAAUGCAAAUUGUCAUAUAGAAAACAAAAACAAAAAAAAAAAAAAAAAAGUGUGUAUCGUCUUAGGAUGGAGACUUCGAAUGUUCGUGAGAGACAGAAAAGACGUGGGACGUUUCCAGUGUAUACCAGUUUUAAACACAAUAAUAUGGCUGACCAAUAUAAACCAAUAUCGUGACGUGGUUGUUUAUUGAGCUGUUUUUUUUUGGGGGGACUUUAUUAAUCGAAAACACCGGAGAAGGAAAAAAAAAAAACAACAACAAUGGAGAAAGCAUUGUGCUAAUACGCUGUUAGUGGAAACCUCGUUUUAGUCUCGUCAUCGGUGGCGUGUCUGUAAAUAUAAAUGAAUACUAACCGAUUUUAUGUACUUGUAAUGGUUUAGAUUAACGGCCAUGGCACUUGCCGUUCAUUAUUAAUUUAUUGGAAAUCGAUCCUAAAAAAAAAAAAAAAAAUCCACUGCUGUUUCGAAUGUUCCCAACAUUAACUUCCCCCUAAUGUGGUGUGACUGAGAGCUGAAAUGGCCUGACAACUAGCUAACAGACUCGUGUAACAAUUCCCAUUCAGCUGCUCUGUACCAGGUGGAGGAAAUGGGAAUAUUAAACCCAAAUCGAACCCUACUACCUUUAAUUUCACUGCAGGGGGAGAUUCCAGCAAGGGGGAAAUAUUCAAGGGGAAGAUGAUGGGGCAUUUAAAACAGAACUGGAACACAGCAAAGGGGGUAGUUUUAGUUUUUAGCUGGGAAAUAUGCAUUUAUUUAUUUCCUGUUUGUGUCUAUAUAGAACGAUGACUGUAUAUUACACACACACACCUACACAAAAUGUACAAACAUACACACAAACACUUCCUCCCACCAUCGAUACAAAAAAUUCUGUAUGUAGAAGCAAAACCACAUGACGUGACUCAUACAAUUUGCAUUUACUUAACAACUAUUUUUUCAAAACUAUUUUCUAUUAUAAUAUUAUUGUAAUCACUCAGUUUAUACUUACGGAAGUGGGAGAAAAAAAAUCUAACUUGAUGUCUUAAAAAGAACUACACAAUGUUACAAUUCAACAGCAAUAUAUUUGUAAAUGUUUUUCUUUCACUAUUGGUCACUAUUGUAAUGCAAAAUUCAAACUGUGCUUCAAAUCCAAAAUAGAACAUACAGCCUUGAAAACGGAUGAUUCUUUUUUUUUCCUUCUUACAUCUCUUCUUAUAGAGGAAUGUUAUUUUUCAGCCUGCAGAAUUGUGUGUAUUUUUGGGUUUCAUGUGCUGUGCCUUUGUAAAAAGUAAAACAAAGACAUAAAAAGUCAAAUUGUAGUUAGGAAUAAUGUAAAAAAGAAAAAAAAAAAGAUAAAUAAUUUCAAUUCAGUUUGAAAAUAUAUUAUUUUCCAUAUGCAGAAACAUUCAACCUGAACACUACAGCAAAAAAAAACAAAAACAAAAAAAAAACAAGGACAAUAACUACAUACUCUUAAAAGCAUGUUCCGAAAAUUCAAGGAUCGCUUUUCCUUUUUUUUUAUUAAAUGAAAUAAUUAAAACAUUUUUCUUUUUUCUAAGGCAUGAACAGCACGUGAAAUGAGAAACAGCUUUAACGAGACAAACUUAUUUCUCAUAGUGGUUUUUUUUGUAUGUUUUUUUUUAUUUUUAUUUUAGUUCAGUUAAUUUGUAGAGCGUUCAUUUUGUACACACUGAAUGUCGUGUUAAUUUUGUACAGCACUUCCAUAUUUUAUGUCCCAAAAAAAAAAAAAAAAAAACAAACAGGAAAAAAAAGAGCAAAGGGGAUGGUGUGUAUUGCUUCUGGGCCAGUGUGUGUGGUUAGGGGACGUGUGAAAUUAUAGUGAUAUUAUUCUAUUACUGCGUGUUGCCGCUCUACACGUAUACAGCUACUGCAAUAAAUGGGUUACAUUUGUGCACGCAUGUGACUUGUGCAAUUUAUCAUCAGAAUUUUCUUUUGCGUCACGCAUUAAAUUACGUUUUUCUACUUA